CUCCGCGCGGCAGCUCGGUUCGCUUUGAGUGUGACACGGCCCGGCAACAUGGCGGCGCCCGGCAGGUGCUGCCUGCGGAGACUUCUGGCUCAGUUUCCCAGCUAUAUUUUUCCCAGGAUUGAUCAACGGAUCUCAGUAGUUUCCUGCCUCGGAAACAUACCGCUAUCCAUUAGACCCUAUGCUGCUGCUAAAACUGCAAAAAAAGGUUCAAAGGAUGCCAAGCAAAAAACUUCAAAUGCAGAGCCAGCAAAAAAAAAGAACACUUACAGACGAAAGUUAGCAAGCAAUCCAGUGGAUGAUGUGUAUUUAACAUGGUUGUAUGAAAGGCCAGUCUAUGAGGCAGAGGUGGCUGUGGACAUGCUGAAGAAGUUUCAGCAAUUGGACUUCACUUACCCAAAACAACAUGUAUAUGCGAACAUCACUCUGGAUAUGAUGCUAGAGAAGAAGAAAAAAGUGGAUCAGUUUGUCGGCACCAUUCUUCUACCAUAUCCUUUUGUAACUGAAAUCAAUAAAGUUAUGGUAUUCACAGAGAAAGCAGAAGAAAUUAAAAUAGCAAAAGAAAAUGGAGCUGCUUUUGCAGGAGGGACUGAAUUAAUCGAAAAGAUUUUGGAUGAUGAAAUCAAUGCAGAUUUUUACAUCGCCGUUCCUGAAAUAAUAGCAAAACUGCUACCUUUAAAAAACAAACUAAGAAAAAAAUUUCCAAAGACUAACAGAAAUUCUCUGGGCCGUGACAUUCCAAAAAUGCUGGAACUCUUUAAAGCGGGCCAUGAGUAUGUGGUAGAAGACGAGAAUCUUAUUGAGACAAGAAUAGGAACGCUGGAUAUGCCUAAUGAACAGAUAGUUGCCAAUCUGGAUGCAAUUAUUAAGGAUGUCUGUACGUACAAGCCAUUGAGCUAUGGCCCAUUUGUGCAACGCUUGGUUAUUCGAAGUUCAACGAGUGAAGGUUUAAAACUAAAUCUCAAGCGUUUUCUCCCUCAAGUAGAGGAAGUGGACAAAGAUGUUAAAGAAACAGAAGCGCCAAGAUAGCCUAUCAGUGUAUUAUACUGCAAAUUCUCUUAGCAUUUUAUGUUCAAGAAUCUCCAGGAGUAUUUAAAAAUGUGUUUUCCUAUUAAUUUGUUUGAUUACUCUCAGAAAUUGGUGGUGUAGCCCAGAUCUCAUCUUAAAAAAAAAAAAAAAAAAAAAAAAAAAAAAAGUUAAUAAAUGUCAUGUUUGAGAUUUUGUUUUUAAUUCCUGCAGUAUCAAAGGUAUCUUUAGACUUUGAAACACUUGACAUUUCCUCCAUAUGCAGGUGAAAGCUUCAUCAAGUUACGUUUGUUACACGUAUUGUGAUUUAACCAAAACUUACUUUAUUAUAAAUUUCCAUCAUUAUUGUAUAACCUUCCAGGGCAAUAGUCUCUUAAUUGUGCAUGCUUAAUUCUCCAUUACUGCUAAUGGGAAUGAUGGGCCCAAUCCUUCAAGGUGCUCUAUCCCGGUUGAAACCAGUGGGAAUAGAGUACUUGGCACUUUGCAGGAGGUGGGUAUGCUCUAUCCCGGUUGAAACUAGUGGGAAUAGAGUACUUGGCACUUUGCAGGAUUGGGUCCUGUGUAUGCUUUAAUGUACACUAGUUGCACUAGUUCAUUUUGUUGGCGAUAGAUGUAGGUUUACUAGACAGAAAUGGGUCAAAUUCCACACUCCGUAACACCAGUAUAAAAAUUAAUAACUCCACUGCAGUCAGUUGGUGUUACUCCUGAAAUUUGCUGGAAAUGUCAUUCUGCUCUGCACAUGAGGUUUACAGGGGGAAGGGAUUGCCAAGGAAGUAUAAGCUUUUCUUUGCACUUCUGUGAUACAUGGGCCUUUGAGUGAAGGAUAGCCCCUGGGAUAAGAAGUCCUUAUCUUUUGUUAAGAUUAAGACAUUCUGUUAAAGGAAGAGAGAGAGAUCACAUGGAUAUACAUAAAUAUCUUGGUUUCUUUUAGUUCUAAAACAGUUAACGACUGGAGCUCGGAUUCUAGGACCCUGCGAGGUGGCAGGGUACCAGAGCUGUAGCCUGAGACUGAACAUCUACACUGCAGUUAGACAGCCCCUUGGUCUGAGUUAACUGGCCUGGGCCAGCCACAGGUGUCUAACUGCAGUGUAGACAUACCCUGAGAAGCCUUAUCCCCCCGCCUUCCAUCUGACACUGUAGAAGUCCCCCCUUGCCUUGGGGGCUGGGCACAGCGAAGCCUGUGGUGGAGUGCUCUUCCUGAGGUCAUCUGUUUGCUUGCAGGGAUUUCCUUGCAUAAGAAUGACAAUAGUUAGCAUUCUCACAUAGAUUUCCCAUACAGACUCCUGUAACAUCCCUGGGGUUGUAGGACAUGUCUGA